CCGCAUGUAAUGUUCAGUCGCUUCACAACUCUCUGUUUACGGCGCGUUUCGGGUUUCCACGGCGGCCCGGAGGAUGAUCUCUUACGGUUGCUUGUAUGGAGUACAUGCCUACUGUGUUCCUGUCUAGUUUAUAAUGCACGUGGCUUUGAACAAUUUGGGAUAUGCUGUUUCUUGCGUUAUGAUGUGGCAGAAAAUUGCCAGUUACGAAUGAAUUGGCUACAGCAGGUUGCAAGCAUACCUAUCGAAAAGUGAAAGUAAGGUUAAACACUAAAAGGAGUGGCUGGAGAAAAUGUCAAAAGGUGGGAGGUCAAAAUCUAGUUCACGCUCCUCUCAUUCUGGAUCUAGGUCUGGUUCUCUGUCCUUAUCAAGAUCACGCUCUCGCUCAAGGUCACAUUCAAAAAAACAUAAACAUAGUUCUAGGUCUCGUUCAAAAUCACAUUCUCCUCAAUUACACAACAGGGAAAGACAGUACCCACGAGCUUAUCAGAAUCCAAAUCAGAAUCGUGACUUCAGGGGGCAAAACAGAGGAUACAGGAGACCAUUUUAUUUUCGUCAGCGUGGAAGAGGCUUCUAUCAACGAGGCCAGUACAAUAAUAAUCGAGGAGGUUAUGGAAAUUAUAGACAGAACUGGCAAAAUUAUCGUCCUAAUUACAGCCCACGAAGGAAUCGUUCCAGGUCCAGGUCUCCAAAACGAAGGUCUGCGUCACCUCAGUCUAGGAGCCGUUCUAGGAACUCUUGUAGAUCUUCCUCUGAUAGAUCAGAAAGAUCAUCUUCUUCUAGAUCUUCAUCUCCACAUAGUAAGUCUCCUCUUGCCAGGCGUAAAGGUUUAAAAUCAAAAAAAGCAGCAAAGGAGGCAAAGUUACCUGCUCAGGAGCAACGGGAAGCUGACUCAAAGGAAAGGAAAUCAAUUGAUACAGGAGAUCGCAGUAUCAAAGCAUCAGAAGGAUCUUCUGGAACUGCUCAGGUUGUUUCUGCUGCUUUGGAUGCUAGUCAGACUAGUUCUGCAGCUGCAUCAGCACUAAGUCCAACAAGAAAGAGUCCUCUACAUUCAGUUGUAGUAAAACGUUCUCCAGCUUUAUCGGUUCCAACGCAGAAACCUUCCCCACAUUAUAGCCCACCCAGGCCACAUGCUGUUCAGCAAAGUACUGGUAUAUCAAGUGUUUUACAUCGUAGUGCUUCAAGGCAGAGUUCAAGUCCAGUGAGAAAAACUUCUCCAAUUAACAGUAGCUCUCUAAAAGAGGAUAACAGGAUUGGGGAUAUAAGCCCACCAGCUGCCACAUAUAUAAGAAGAUACUUAGAGGAACAAAAGAGCAAAGCUUCUGGGCUUGAAAGAGAAAAUGGAAAAGAAAGAGAUCCAAAAGCAAUAGAGUUGGAGAAAGAAAGAAUUAAAGAAAAAAGCAGUGCUUCAGAAAUGAGCGGAGUGAAGUCCGAAUAUUAUUCCAUGACGAAUGAGAUGGAGAAGCUAUAUCGGAGCAGCCAGUCACCAAAGAGAAAGAAGCACACAGAGGAGUAUGAAAAAUGUGUGGCUGCUGCAGAAUUGUAUAAAGAUAGUCGAUAUGACCAGGAGGAUGCAGACGAGUUGGAAAAGAGUUCAUCUGGUUUACUGGCACAUGAACGUAAACUUUCACAAGAAUUAGUCCAUUGUAGCAAAAAGGAACAAGGAUUCAAGUCAAUCUUCCAACAUAUACAGUCAUUACAAUCUCAGCGUACUCCUUCUGAACUGUUUGCUCAGCAUAUUGUGACAAUUGUCCAUUAUGUCAAAGAGCAUCACUUUGAAUCCUCAGGGAUGACGUUAAGUGAACGAUUUUCUCUGUACCAGAGGAGAGCAGCAGAACAAGAAAUGGCUAAACAUAAGAAGAGCCCAGAGAUUCACAGGAGGAUAGAUAUUUCCCCAAGUGCCUUUCGUAAGCAACCGUUUCGUCUUGACGAGAAGAAAAAAUCUAGAGAAAACAGCCAUAAGGGAGAUAUGAAGUACCAGGAAGAUCCAGUUGACCUUCGCCUUGAUAUUGAGCAGCGCAAGAAAUUCAAGGAAAAACAUCCUAAAAGAAUUGGCUCAAGGGAGUCUGUAGAAUCGGAUGAUUCAAGCCUGUCAAGAGACCGUGCAAUUGAAAAAACAGAGAAACAUCUCAAAGGAUCUAAAAAGCACAAGAAGCAGAAAAAAAUGCGGGCUCGAUCCAGAUCGUCAUCGUCCUCAUCCCACACUUUCUAUUCAGAUAGAAGUGGAGAAUUCCAUGGGGAGCUGGAGGACAGGGGUGAGAUGCCUAUUUUUGACAAGUCCCGGCUUGGGCCAAGGGAUUAUGGUGGCCAGAUGGAAAGAGAACAAGGAAGAGGAGCCUUUCAGCAGCAGCAGCAGCAACGCAUGAGAGGAAGAGGAUGGAACAAAAGCAAUUUUGUAGGAAGUAACAGUAAUGACUUUCAGAAGCGAACAUGGGAAGAAGAAUGGGAUCCAGAGUACACACCAAAGAGCAAAAAAUAUUACCUGCAUGAUGACCGAGAAGGGGAAGGGGAAGACAAGUGGAUCGCUCGAGGCAGGGGAAGAAGCUCUUUCAUGCGAGGAAGAGGGCGCUUUAUUUACAAGAAGACUACCACUAGUCCUAAGUGGACACAUGACAAAUACAAAGGCAGUGGAGAAGAAGGAGAGCUUGAAGAUGAUGAUGACAGUGAAGGAGAUGAUAAAGAUGAGAAAAAAAAUGAAUAAUAUGGAGUGUAACAGUUGGCAGCUGUAUAGACCAAGAUCAGCAGUAUGACAGUAGCAUUGUCUAAUAAUUUUGCUACUGAGUUGUGACUGAAAAGAUCACUGUAUCAGUAACCUGGGACUAAAUGUGCAAGGAGGAACUUUUUGUACAGAAUAAGAUUCUGUUUCUUUAUCAACUUUUCCUAGAGGAAAAAAAAAGACUAGUGUAAUUUCUCUGAAACUCAGCCUUUUAGUAUAUGCCAUUGCUAUUUUUAUAUCCAAACUUGUGCAGUUCUGAUGGUACAAGUGAAAAAGAUAUACAUGGUCAUGUGAACUUGUUUGGACCACUUCUGCUUCACCAUAAACUUUUGGAGCUCUUAUGCUACUCUGGAUUUUACUGUGAAAAUUUUGGCCUCUACAUUUUGUCUACACUGCCUAAUUUUGUAGUAGGAUUUGAUGGAAGCAGUGGGUAUUUUUUAUUUAAUGUUCGAAAGGCUAAAGUUUGGCCUUGUCUUUUGAUUGUCAUGUUUCCUUCUUCCCAGCAGCACCACUGCAGUGAAUUGGCAAAGUUAGGCAACACAUUUGAUUCCAAGGAAUCAUUUUGGGAGUUGUAACAUGUUUUCUUAGUGUAUGGAGCCAGGCAAGCAUGGACAAUAUUUUUUUUUAAGUUAAUGCAGCUUUCUCUUUCAUGAAGGUAUUCGUUUGACGUGAUGCAGAUAUUUUUAGGUAUGUUGUGUUUGACAGCUCGGUAGAAGAGUGUAGGUAUAUACUUGCUGAAAACCUACUAAAAUGUGUACAUAUACCACUAUACAUUUUCUUAUUUUUAGCAUUUUAGUUUUCUGCAUCUGUAAUAUGGGCAGCUGUCCUGGGAUAUUAGCCUGUCAUUUGCAAAAAAUGUUCCAUACCAAAGAGUUAAUAGGAACUCUUAUGGGAGACUUUAGUUUGCAAGACAUCAGUAGCUAAAAACAAUUCUGUUUGGCUAAUAAAAAUGCCUGUGCCAUUGAUUGUUUCUGCAGUGCCCCUCUUCAUAUUACAUGUGAAUGAGGAAUGCCACUAGCAGUUAGCUGUUCUCCUCUAACUUUAGGUGUUGGACUGCUGAUUAUAUUUGAUGGCAUCCAUGGACUGCAGCAUUAUUGCUCGUCUCAAAGUAUCAAGCUAGGGCACUCGACAUGCAGUAUAAAGGACAACACAGUGAAAGGAAUGAUUAGUACUCCUUUAAAGAAAGAAACAUAUUGAAAAGUUAUUAAGCAUAUUAUUAUGCUGAGUUAUUAUUUUUAUGUAGUUUAAUGAAACAGUUUUGCCUUCAAAAAGUUUUCUUAUGCUUCCAAACACAAAGCUAUACAAAGGAAAAGCUAGUGUGAGCAUAUUGAAAGAAAAAUUCUGAUUGUUUUCAACUACUUUUCAUAAGGGUAUUAAACAUCAGUGCAAGCACGUGACUUUUUCCUGUUGCCAGGAAGACCACCUGAGUUUGGCUUUAGCUGUGUUCUCCCUCACCCCUACCCCACCACUAUCACCACUGUAGGAGAAGGUGUCUGAGGACCAUACAUUUCUGCAGUGGCUGUGGCUGCUUUGCUAAGGCUUGUAUGUUAGGCAGGACAAAACAGGCUGCCAGAGAAAGUUUACUGGUAGUGGCGGAGAAAGAACAAAAGUUGGUAUGUUGGCACUGUAGCUUCUGGAAGUGUCAGAUUUGACCUUUUCAUACCAUUCAUUCUGUUUCAUUCAUGGUUGCCAUCUCACCAUGUUCUUGGCACCUUUGGUGCAGCCACUAUGGAGUUCUCUCUUAUGAGAGUAGUUUAUCAAAAGGGUAUGUUUUCAUUUUCUGUCUGGUCAAUAGCAUGACAUAAUACAGUUGGCAGAUGACUAUAAGAAGUUAUAAAUAUAUCCAGUAAAACAUGACUGACUAGGACUUGUAGUGUACUUUUCUGACACAGGUGCCCAAAGAAGGUAGCCUUUCUGCUGUUACUGUAAAUACCAUUUUUUUUUUAAACAUAGUAUGGGAAGUUAAUAUCUGUACUUGAAUGUAAGAGAUACAAGUUCUAGCAGAGGGAUACUGAUUGCUAGAAAUCUCUCUAAUAAUAUACAUCUUAGACUGAUAACUUCCACUGUAAUUUUUGUGGCACAGAUACCCAGGUAGCCCUUCUACUGUAAAUACCAUGGGAUUUUUUACACAGUAUGGGAAGUUAUAACUGUACAUAGAUUUAUGAGAUUCAAGCACUAAAUAUUUUAAGUUAAUGGGAACAUUGCAUUUGUGUUUUGCUAUGUUUAUAAUUGGAUGAAGAUAAAUUUAAGUUUGAAAGAUUGUUGGAGCAAGUCAGUUGGUCAAAUAAAAAAAAAAUCAAUUUUUACAUGAUGCCAUACUAAAUUUGAUGUUCCUUCCAAGGUCGGAUUGCAGAUGUAUUUUAAGUAAAAGUGCUGCACAUUUUAAA